AUGAACAACAACAGUGAGACGGUGGUGACUGAGUUCAUUUUGCUUGGCCUCUCGAACCAUCCUGUGGCUCAAGCCAUCUUCUUCUGGAUCGUUCUGGCACUCUACCUCAUCAACCUUCUGGGGAAUGGUCUGAUGGUUAUACUGAUCGUUACUGACUCCCACCUGCAUUCCCCCAUGUACUUUUUCCUCAGCAACCUCUCCUUCCUGGACAUUUGCUACACCAGCAGCAGCCUCCCCCAGGUCUUGGUUACUUUCACCACGGAGAGAACUACCAUUUCCUUCAUGGGCUGCAUGGCCCAGAUUCACAUCAGCCUAUAUCUAGGCACCACAGAGUGUGUCCUCCUGGCUGUCAUGGCAUAUGACCGUUUUGUGGCCAUAUGCAGCCCCUUACACUACAUGGUGAUCAUGAGCUGGAGAGUUUGUGUCCAAAUGGCCAUUGGAACGUGGGGAAGUGGCCUUAUUCUGACCCUCAUCCCCACAGUCACAGGUCCCAAACGCUUCUGUGGCUCUAAUGUCAUCAACCACUUCACUUGUGAGGCCCAGACAGUUGCCAAGCUGAUCUGUGGUGACACCCACUUCAGCGAUAUUGUUUCUUUCCUCAGCAGUGUCCUGGUCCUUAUAAUACCAUUUACUUUUAUCUUGGUGACGUAUCUGCGAAUCGGCCUGGCAGUUUGGAGGAUCCGUUCUAACCAGGGCUGGAGCAAGGCUCUCUCUACCUGUGGCUCUCACCUAGCUGUGGUCGGCAUCUUCUAUGGUUCAGCCAUGGCCAUGUACCUUCAACCAAAAUCCAAAUAUGCCUCCGACAGGGACAAGAUGGUCUCUCUUCUCUAUGGAGCUGUGACUCCCAUGCUCAACCCUCUGAUCUACAGUCUGAGGAACAAGGAUGUGAAAAAGGCACUGCAGAAACUCUUUGGGGGGAAAGGAUCCAGACACAGUGUCCUGGUCCUUAUAAUACCAUUUACUUUUAUCUUGGUGACGUAUCUGCGAAUCGGCCUGGCAGUUUGGCGGAUCCGUUCUAACCAGGGCUGGAGCAAGGCUCUUUCUACCUGUGGCUCUCACCUAGCUGUGGUCGGCAUCUUCUAUGGUUCAGCCAUGGCCAUGUACCUUCAACCAAAAUCCAAAUAUGCCUCCGACAGGGACAAGAUGGUCUCUCUUCUCUAUGGAGCUGUGACUCCCAUGCUCAACCCUCUGAUCUACAGUCUGAGGAACAAGGAUGUGAAAAAGGCACUGCAGAAACUCUUAGGGGGGAAAGGAUCCAGACAUUAA